AUGUCUUCCAGAGACAUUUACGACAAAGCAACAGUCUAUAAUCCUGUGGACACUCGCACCAAACCUCCUCAAAGUAGCAAUACUUCCAGCAAGCUUUCUUCCUCUCACUCCAAAGUUCCUUCCUCCAAUCGACCAUCUUCUUCCGCUGUCCCAAAAGCAUACACCACACUCGAAAGAGACAAUAAAUCGACAAAUAAAGGUUUGUCUCAACAGCACACUUUACUUCAAAGAGAUGGACAGGCUUCUUCUUCCCGUGGACACACUUCAGGUUCUCAUAAUCAUACUCAGCUCAACAGAGACCAACAAUCAUCACCAAGCUCAAGACAGCCAAGCAUGAUGCGCGCAGCAACAACUGCUCCUCCAGAUGCGAAGAGCAUGUUUAAGUCUCAGCAUGAUAUUAAUAUGGCCUCUCAACAAGUCAGAUACCAGGAGAUGAAUUAUGAAGAGAAGAAGAAACAGGACGAAUGGGUCCGCAACUUCAUUGUCUAUGCCGGACCAUGCCCUGCUGGGUUCAGCUGGGAGCGAGUCAAACAAGGAUAUGUCUGUAAUGGCGGGAAUCAUUUGUGCACCGAUGACCUUCUUGCUGAAGGUAAAGGCGGCUUUUACAUGGGAACUCUCGAUGCUGGAUGGUGGGGCCCGAUCUAUGACGCAGGCAAUCGUUUACGACUAGAUUAUGCAAAGACUAUAGUCCAAGAGUACGCCAAGAAACACGGAUUGGACCCAACAGUCGCUCCCGUAAUCCCGCCACCUAAUAUACCAGCGAGUCAUGAAGUUCACCCAGGAAUUGCAAAAGCACUAGCAGGUCAGGGACGCAUGCCAAAUAUUUCCUCAGUUGAAAGUGUUCUUUAUAGUUUCGAGCGGGUAGGUGACGUUGAGAGACUUAUGGCAAUGGUAAACAACGCUUGGCCCUCUUAUCAUGUUUCUGGAACAUCAAGUCACCAUACGUCAAAUGGCCAUCACUCAUCCAGUGGCCAUCACUCAUCCAGUGGCCAUCACUCAUCCAGUGGCCAUCUCUCAUCCAGUGGCCAUCUCUCAACCAGUGGCCGUCACACAUCCAGCGGAUAUCACUCAUCCGGAGUAACACCUCAGCUCAGCACCCUCUAUGGACCAGGAGGUCUACCAAAUCGACUUGCAAUGAGCACGAGCAAUGGUUCUCUAUCCCAAGGAGGUCAACUCCCACUCGGAUAUCUACCAGCUGCUUAUCGCAAUGAUCCAUAUGGACAGGGACCACUAGGCCGCCGCAGAUAUUAA